AUGCAAUUGACUGAUUCAGAUCUAGAAAUUCAACCAUGUGGAGCUAUUUUUGACCCAAUCACCGGUGAAGACAUCUGGAUAUCCCCUGCCCUGUUCCGUUACCUGAAAAUGAUAGGCUCCUUCUUCUUCGUCUCAUUCUCCAUGCUCAUCGUCAUCCUCUCCCUUAUGCUCGUAACUCUUCUCAAAAUCUGGAUGGUCUACAACUUCCAAUGCACCAAAGAGUAUACAUUCCAUUGUUGGCUCUCCGCCGCAUUCCUCCCUUCAGUUCUCAACACAUUAUCCGCAAUGGGUCUCGGUGCGGUGUACAGUAACCUUGUCGCUCGGUUCAAUGCGUGGGAGAAUCAUCGAACGGAAUCAGAGCAUAAUAAUAGUUUGAUAGUGAAGAUAUUCGCUUUUCAAAUGGUCAACACUUACACUUCGUUGUUCUACGUGGCAUUUGUAAGACCAGAGAGUCAUGGGUUACAACCAAAUGGGCUAUUCGGGCUUGGAAAGGAAUUCAAGGAUACGUGCCUUGAUGACACGUGUAGCUCAUUGCUAGCUCUACAGCUGUUAACUCACACAUUAAUCAAGCCGGUUCCCAAGUUUUUAAAAGAUGUUGUGAUACCUUACUUCGUGAAACUCUUCCGCCUUCGUAUGUAUACAAGUAGAACCGAAGCGACAAGAAUCGAAGCCGAGGAGGAUGAUCAAGCGAAUGUGCUUGUUAGAGAAUGGCUGAAACCAAGUGCAGGUGACUUUGUGUUGUGGGAGAUGAACGAAAAGAUUAUAAUGUUUGGAACCACUAUGAUGUUUGCAUCCUUAUUCCCUUUGGCACCAUUGCUGGCACUGAUGAUUGGAUUUGUGGAUAUGCGAAUAGAUGCUCAUCGAUUGAUUUGGUUCAAUCGGAAGCCUAUUCCAAUGAUUACUAAUGGUAUCGGAAUCUGGCUUCCCAUUCUCACAUUCCUUCAAUAUUGUGCGGUUUUUACUAAUGCUUUUAUAGUUGCCUUCACCUCGGGUUUCUGCUCAACAUUCCUAGCUGACAACGAGUAUUGUACGGUUCAAAACCGGCUGAUCAUUGUGAUCGUGUUCCAGAAUCUGGUAUUCGGGCUGAAAUAUCUUUUGUCAAGUGUGAUCCCCUCAGUGCCAGCGUCCAUUAAAGUUGCAUUACGGAAGAAGCGAUACGUGGUCGCUCAUAUCAUGGAGAAAGGAGAUGUUCCCCACAAGACUCGGAUCAAGAAGCGGACCCGGAUAGCCAAGUUGGCAUGGAUCACGUCUAAUCAACGAGUUCAGCGUGGCAAGAAGAAGGAGACACCACUGAAGAAUAAGAGGCUUCUGGCGGAAGAUUGA